AUCCAGCCAGGGACCUUGGUGUGCAAAAUACCUUAAAGCCACCCUCAGGAUGAGAGCAAGACAGCUGAUCUGUGGAAUUUGGAGUCUGUGUUUCAUGUUCUGCCUUUUCUGCAUCUUUCUUCACCAAACAACAGCUAAAAGAAAACUGAAGUUUGUGUCCAUAGUAUUUCGCCAUGGUGAUCACACCCCACAGGAGUUUUUUCCAACUGAUAAGCACAAAGAAAUUGCAAGACAACAGGGAUAUGGCCAACUUACCAAGGAAUGGAUGCAGCACAUUUCUUUAGCCUCUUACACUCUUGUGUUACUUCUACAGCUUGGCAUACAACAACAGUAUGAGCUUGGCCAGUACAUGCGGAGGAGAUACUCUCAUUUCCUGAGCGUUGUAUACAAGCAGUGUGAGAUUUAUGUUCAAAGCACUGACUGCGAUCACACACUUAUGAGUGCUCAGGCAAGUCUUGCCGGACUGUACCCACUGACACAGGGUCAGAUUUGGAACCCCAGAAUCCUUUGGCAGCCAAUUCCAGUUCACACAGUGCCACUGUCACAUGAUAAUUUGCUAUACCUACCUUUCUCACACUGCCCAAAACACAAGGAGCUUCUGAGAGAAACCUUUGCAACAAGGGAUUUCCAAAAGCAAUUCAAGGACUACAAGCCAUUUCUGAAGUUUUUAGCCACUCAUACAGGAUACCCACUGAAGAAGUUGACUGCUGAAAGGAUUUGGAAGCUCUCUGACACUUUACAAUAUGAGGAUAUUACCAAUUACACUUUACCUGUCUGGGCUACUCAUGGUGUCAGGACCAAGCUGAUAAAGCUCUCAGAAUUGUUAUUGCAGGCGGAAUUUGGGUUCCACAAACAAAUACAGAAAUCACGUUUGCAGGGAGGUAUUCUUCUAAAAACUAUUCUAAAGCAUAUCUCAGAUGCUAGAAAGCCUUCACACCAUCAAAAAAUGGUUAUGUAUUCCACGCAUGCAGCCACCAUUGCUGCCUUACAGAUGGCACUCAACGUCUUCAAUGGGAAAAUGCCUCCUUACAGUGCCUGCCAUUUUUUUGAACUUUACCAGGAAAAAAAUGGGCAAUACACCAUAGAAAUGUACUAUCGGAAUAAUUCUUUGCGAGAGCCUCACCCACUCACUCUCCCUGGCUGCAAAUUUCGCUGUCCCCUGGAGAGAUUUACGCAUCUGGUCUCUCCCAUCCUUGUACACUAUUGGACAAGAGAAUGUAGAAUGUAGGACAUCAAAAGAG